AUGGGAUUUCAAAGUAACUCUUACAGACCGCACAGCCCAGACCAGCUGCCCGCACCGCUCACCCCGCGCUCGCCGCCCAUCGCGGCCGGGGGGCCGAGGAGCGCCCGCUCCGCCGGGGACACAACCCCCGCUGCGGGGCUGCGGUUAAACUGCUGCGGGUCGCACCCGCCGGGCCCGGAGCGUGAGGGGGCCCCGGGCCGUGAGGGGUCCGUGAGGGGCGCUGGGGCCGUGAGGGGGGCCCGGGCUGUGCGGAGCCCCUGCCCGGCGCUCCCGGCCCCGCUCCCGCCCGACUGCAGCGACAUCGCCCCGGCGCUGCCCGCGGCUGCCGCCCCAGCCCGGGGUCCCUCCCCUGCGGCCCCGCGGUGCGAAGGGGCCGCUGCCCCCAGAGCCGCGGGCUGUGCUCGGCCCGGCCGCCCCGGGGGCGCCGCGCGGGGCCGUGAGGGGGCGGCGGGAGGAGACGGCGCUGCCGCGGCGGGUCCGGGCGAGGGGAGCGGGGUCAGCGGGGCGGGCGGGCGGCCCGAGCCUCGCCGCACGCCGGGGGAGCGGGGCGGGCUGCGGGCGGCAGGGCGGGGAGCGGGGCGGGGGAGCGGAGCCCGCGGAGCCCCGCGGCGGCGGCGGCGGAGCCGCUCUUACCUGCGCCUGCCCGCGCUGCGGCUCGGGGCGCUCCGGGCGGGCUGCGCUGCCGAGCGCCCCUUGGCUGCGGCCGCCGCCGCCGCCGCAAGUUUCCAUAAAAGUCGCGGCGCGCGCCCGGCGCCCGCAUUCCAGGCGAUCCCCGCGCCGCGGCAGCUGCCCCGGCCCGCCCGGCCCCGCCGAUCCGCGCCGUGCCCGGCCCCUCGCCCGCCGAUCCGCGCGGGGGGCGCAGCCCGGCUCCGCUGCCAGACCCCCCUGCGGGCAGCGGCCCGGCCAACAGGCUAA